AUGUCUAGAAUGGGAGAUCCUUAUCGUACUUCCUCGGAAGCCCUUAGCAAUUAUGGCGGCAGCGGCCGUGGCGGCGGGGCUAACCGUUGGGAUAAUGAGCGACUUGCUUCGGAGCGCGACCGAGUUCGUUUUGCAACAGAACGAGAAGAGCGAGAUUCACGAUUUCUUCGAGCUACCGCUGGUCAUACACGAGAACGAUCUUUUGAUGAUGUUUAUGAACGUCGAGGUCCACGAGGAUAUGAAGAGGAACGUGAACACUAUGAAGAACGAGACUAUUACGAUUCACCAAGAUUUCAACGAGAACCAGAACCAGGAAGAAAAAGACAUACAACUAUUACAAUGGAUAGAGAACGAGAGAGGGAAAGAGACGAGUCCCCGCCUCGAAGAGCUGGUGGCAGACCAGCAUUUUUGAGAAGACAGAGCUCCCUUGAUACCUUUGACCGCAAGCCGUUGGUGCGAUACGAGAGAGAAAGGGAGAUGGAGAGAGAUGAGUAUGGUCCUCCUGCCAGACGUCCAGAUCUAAGACCGCCUCCUUUGACACCUGUUCCACUGCCAAGAGGUAGAGGAUUACCACCACCGAGACGAUAUGCCGAAAGAGAUUACGAGGAUAUCAAGGUUGCCGAACCAGACUUCUAUGGCGAUGAGGACUUCCGAGCUUAUCCGGAAAGAAUCAGAGAAAGGGAAAUUGUGAGACGAAGGAGAAGAAGUCACGAAAGGCGAAGCCAUAGAAGUCACAGCAAGGAAAGUCGUUCAACCGCUACAAGAAGUGUUCGAAGCGAGAGUGUCAGCUCGUCAGAUAGUGGUACCACGAUCUCGGUGAGAAGUGAGUUUCCUAAGAAGGGAAAGACAAGAAUGCCAGCUAGAUUGGUCAGCAAGAAAGCUAUCAUCGAUUUAGAUUACCCUUUCGAAGAAGAGGGUGAUACAAUCAUCAUUCAAAAGGCACUUGGAAGAGAGAAUAUCGAUGAAGUUAUCAGAUUAAGUGAAGAAUAUAAAACAGCUGAGAAACUCGAAAUGUCCGGUGGCCGAUCAGAAGCUGGGACCAUAAUCGAAGAACGUACUGAGGUUUUCAAUAUUCCACCACCUCCAUCAAUAAUACACCACGCUCCUCCACCUCCUCCAUCAGUACACUAUGCGCCUCCCCCUCCACCAGAGCCAGUGCACUAUGCACCCCAACCUCCACCAGCGCCAGCGCCAGCUCAAUGGGCACCACCUCCUCCAUCGGUUGUGUACGCACCACCUCCUCCACCAGUUAUAUAUGCACCACCACCGCCCCCUCAACAAAACGUUGAGAUUCAUGAAACCACCCAGAUAGUGGAGCGUUCUCCAUCUCCAGCAAGAAGUGCAUACUCACACCAUAGCCACCAUAGCCACCACAGCCACCACACUCACCACCAUCAUGACCCUGUCAUAUUGGAAGGACGCCCUCGAUCGGUAGAUGAAGAAAGUGUAUUUUAUGAAAAGCGUGAAAUCAUUGAACGCACGGAGCCUAUUGGUGCGAUGACCGUAUCACGCUCUCAUAGUCAUCGUAAAGAUGAACGCUCAAUUCGAGCUGAGAUCAAAGCGCUCGAGGCAGAGAAGGAAGCCCUCAAAGCGGAUCGACGGGCUAAUCGAGAGUUACGACGCGCAGAGCGACUUCGUCGUGAAGGUGCCCGACACAGUGACAGCCAGUUGGUACUUUACGAAGAUGAGAUUCACGAUGGAAGAGAUGUGACCAUUGUGAGAAGGGAGAGAAUCGUGGAGCCUGAAGGAGGUGUUAGGAUCGAAAAAGACCGAAAAGCACCUCCACCAAAAUUGGUUAGAGCCAUGUUGGCUACCCUUACUUAA